AUGCCUUCUUCCUACUUUGUCAAAUCAGAUUGCAGAGGGACGCAGAGUGUAAAAGAGCCAGUACGACUCGACGAUAAUCACAAUUUUGUGCUGUUCGUAGACCCUGUGAAGGGCAAUGAGGCAGCCUCAAAAAAACGACUGUUUGAGACGCGGGUGCGGUUGGAGCGGGUCAUUUCCGCUUGGGGAAAGCCUAACGAGUCGAUUAUAACGAGUGAUUCAGAGAAGAGGGAAAGUGGUGGUACGACAGAGAAGACAAGAUCACCCAUUGAACAAGGCCCCGAAUUAGGCGCCUCGAAUACAAGUCUUCGAAUGCCCGAUCCUUACUCUGGUCGUUCUGGUGAGACUUUACUUUCGCCAAGACAGAUAACUGCCUCAAACGUACCAGCGCUGAACGCCCCGGCCUUAGUCACUGAAGAGGGUACAAAUGUAGCCUCUAAAUCUGGAGCUGGGUUUUUGACACUGCCGUUUUCUGGUGUCAUUUCAAGGCGUGAGAGUUUCAAUCCAUUCCGAAGAGGCAGCUUUUUUGGAGGCUUUGCUGCACAGACUAGACGUUCAGAAGUCGGGAACGAUCCUUUCAAUCAGCUACAGACACAGCAACUAAAUGUUGACGCCAUCAGCGGUCCCCGACUUAGCGGUAUUGGUUGCGAUCUCUCAGGAGGACUAGAGGGAGGCCUAGGCCCUUCCAUUAUAGAAGUAGCAGAGGAAGAUGAGAGGGCUCUAGAGGCACAAGUUCCUAUCUGUGGCCUCGUAGCAGGUGGUAACAGCGACACCAUCCAUCAAGUGCAUGCGACUGUGACUAAAAAUCGCUGUCCAAUUCUUCUCAUCAGGGUGAACGCUUUUGUUACUUUAACCAACAUUUAA